UUCUGUUUCAGGAGAGCAUGCUACUGGAGCUGGCUCUCUACCAUAUAUAAUUGAUGAUAUACUGACUGAGCUGUUGCUAAGUUCUAACAGUCUAUCACUACAGUUAAUUUUUACCCUCGAAUAGGGGCUUUGUCAUGGAGCACUCAAUAGCAGAUUGGGCAAAUCUUCAUGAUUCCAUCCUUGUUUUGAUAGUGGAGAAAUUGGUUCCUCCGCAUUCCAAUCAUGUGCGUAUCUGCACUGUUUGCAAGCCGUGGAACUUGGCUAUCAGCAACAACACUAACCUACUCCGUAAAAUCUUGAAGGGUCGUUCCCCGCUGCUGAUAAUCCCUUCCAAAGGAAACAGUGAAGAAAGGCUUGGUUUGUACAACGUGAUUGAGGAAAAGAAAUACCAGAUGGAGCUGCAACUUCCAUUCAAGACUACUAGCAGGGCAUUCUGUGGCUCUUCUCAUGGAUGGCUAGCUAUGUUUGAUGCCAAAUCUUUAGCCAUUACACUUAUCAACCCUUUCACCUCUGAUGGUCUCACUCUUCCUCCUCUGCUUAAUUAUUCUAGUGAUUUCUUCAUCAACAAGGUUGUACUAUCAGAUGAUCCUUACCUAAAUCCUAAGGAAUAUUUUGUCAUCGCCCUCGUCAAAGCCGAUGACCAUACACAAAUUGCAAUCAUUCGACAACCAGGCGAUAUUCAAAGUUGGACUUGGAUUAACAAUCCAGGAGAUGAUAAAAUAACUGAUGUUAUUUUUCGCAACGGCGAUAUUUAUGCUGUAGAUUUGCUAAAUAAUAUCAUAUCAGUUAAGAAUUUUUCAAGCUUUGAUGGCACAAGAAAUUCAGCUAUUAAGUCAGAGAUCAUUGUACCAGGGUCUGGCCGUAGACCAGCUAUUAUGAAAUCAUACAUUGUGGAGUCAUCUGCCGGAGAUAUUCUGGUCAUCAGAAGGAUUUUCAGGUUUGAUCAUUGUAAGAAACAUUACUUGACUAAAAAUUGCAAGGUUUAUAAGCUGGUGCAAGAUGGAACUGAAGCAAAGUUGGUUAAUGUAGAAGGCAUAAGAGAUGAUGCAUUAUUCUUGGGUGGGAACUCUUCCUUGUCGGUUGCGGUCACUCAUAACUUCCCAGGGUGUCAACCAAAUUGUAUUUACUUCACAGAUGACUAUAACUUUAAUUGUUUUUUGGGUUCAGAGUCAGCUAGGCUCUCAAAACCCCAUGAUAUGGGUCGGUUUAAAUUGAAGAUGAAUGGAACAAUGAAACGAUUUUACGAUCCAGAUCAUUCAGUUUACAGCGAUAAGCUAUUUCCUAUAUGGAUUUUGCCAACACUUAAAGACAAUCAUGUGAAAGGAGGGAGCGGAAGUAUAGCUGUAGCUUCAACCCCAAGCUAUAGUCGACAACCUCAAGGGAGCCAAUGAUAAGUUGUGCAGGACAGCUCCCUCCCUCAAGCUAAGGGAUUUUUUUACUUAAAAUAAUUAAUAGAAAUAGAGUAUUUAGACUUUGGAUUCUGAUUCCAAUCUCAGCCGACAGCAACUUUCGCACGA